AUGCCUUCCAUCAGCAACAUCGUCGCCGCCAUGGCCUUCACCGCCGGCAUUGCCCAGGCCAUCCCCAGUACCAGAACCAAGAACGCCAGCUCUUCUGCCGGUGCUUCCAAGACCUCGUCCGCCGCUGGCAUGGCCACACUCCCCGCUCUUGCCGAGUCCGCCUACUGCCCCGGCCUUAACGGUGCCCUCGUCGGUGACUACCUGAUUGAGUGCUCCACCACGCACUUCGGAACCAUCCUUCAGGUUGGCAACGGCACCGUCGCUGUCGCCAAGCGUGCUGUCUACACCUCUCUCGGUGACUGCAUCAACCUCUGCUCGACCACUUCUACUUGUGUUGGUACCGCUUUCGACACUGCUGCCCGCACCUGCACCCUCUACUCUGAGGUCGGCCAGGCUGUUGCCGCCAACGGUGUUGACUUUGCCGUCCUGACCAACCCCACCGGCAACUCUGUCGGUGCCGGUGAUGUCGCCACUUCUACCAUCUUCUCGACCCAGCUGGUGACCAUCUCCAGCUGUGCUCCCACUGUCACCAACUGCCCUCUCAAGAACGGCGCAUCGGUUGUGACUCAGGUGGUCGCCGUCAGCUCGACUGAGUACAUCUGCCCUACCGCCACCACUCUCCCCGCCUCUGCUUACGCUCCUUCUUCCGGCUCCAUGGUCCCUGUCCAGACUGUCGUUGUCAACAGCCCCUGCGCUCAGGCCACUGCCAACAUGAACAACGGCAACGGCAACAACAACAGCGGUAACAACAGCGGUGCCGUCACCUCCACCGUCACCGUCUGCAACAGCGGCAAGUGCUCUGCUGUCGCCACCACCAUCGCUGUUGCCUCUGCCACCACCUCCCAGAUGGCCGUCUACACUGGUGCUGCCGACUCUGUCAAGGCCGGUUCCGCCUUCGCCGCCUUCGUUGCCGGUGCCGCCAUCCUCCUCUAA